AUUCAUGCAAGGAUGACCCGUCUGGUUCGGACGCCAGCCGGGGUUCUCAUACUGGCAGUGAUAGGCCGACAAGAACCAAGAAUCGAAAUAUCUAGUCUCCACGAACCAAGAACGUCAUCUUGAUUGUCAGUCAUUGAUAGGGAUGCCCCGCAAUCGGCGGUGUUCUAUUGCGGCAGAGUGAGGAUGCUAGGAGAUAAUAUAUACAGCAGCAGGCCCCAGUGUCUCAGUCCCUCACCCAGACUUGAUUGUGUAUCUUAACCUAUCCUGGUUGCCUAUCAAAUCGUUUAUCGGAAUGCAAACUGCCUAUUUGGGACCUGAGCCGGAUGCUCGCCACCUGACAUACCACGAUGAUGCUAACAACAACACCCGUUCGAAGUCACGCUUUGAGAGCAAAGAUGAGACUACAGACGGUAGCUUUUGGUCGAUACGUGGUGGCAGCACGAACGUUUCGCUAUCGGGAAGGAAUCAGGAUGCCAUUCCCUCCGAGUUCUCGUUGCGCGACAGUAUGUCUCGGUAUUUUCUGGCCGAGAUUAACACCAACUGGACCGAUGGACUCCUGAUUGUCUGUGCCUUUGUUAGCGGUCUGGUAGACGGACUGUCAUUCAAUUCCUGGGGGAGUUUUUCCAGCAUGCAGUCAGGAAACUCCGUUUUCAUAGCCCUAGGCGUUGCAGGCCAACCAGUCUAUCCAGCCUACCUCUGGGCCAAGUCCCUCAUCGCCCUUUCCACCUACCUAAUCGGAAACGUCACCUUCAUCCAAGUCUCCCGCGCCCUCCACCCCCUCCGCCGCUCCACCCUCGUCCUAUCAUUCAGCGUCCAAACCGCCGCCAUCCUCGCCGCGGCUCUCCUCAUCCAACUCGACGUCGUAGAAAGCAGGCCCGAAGACCCCCGUGCCCCGAUCCAGUGGAUGCAAGUCCUCCCCAUUUCCCUCCUCGCCUUUCAAGCCGCGGGCCAAAUCGUUGCCUCGCGUGUGCUGUCCUACGACGAGAUACCCACCGUCGUCUUGACCACUUUGCUUUGUGACUUGCUCGUUGACGAGAACCUUUGCCAGAGGCCGUGGAAGGCGAACCAAAAGCGCAAUCGCCGUCUUGCGGCGUUCCUGUCGCUCUUCCUUGGUGCUAUGACGGCGGGUGGAUUGUGUAAGGUGAACCAUAUGCCGGCGGGUUUGUGGCUGGCCAUGGGAUUGAAGUUGAUGAUUACGGCGAGCUUUAUGGUGUGGAAAGACAAUCGGAAGAGGGCUGAUACAGGGCUUACUGCAUGAAUCUCGCAUGAUACCAUACAUAGAAGAGAGAGGCUUUCCAGCCUAUGGGGUUAGCCGACUCUCCUCAGAGUACAGGCCUGUAUAGAUCUGUAGAUGGUGAUAGAUAGUGAUUUAUCAAUCGACUGAUGAUUAGAGG